UGGUUUAGGAGGAGCUGAGGAAGCCACAUCUGUUGGAGUAAACAAAACCUUUUUUGACAUACCGGAACUGUCCUGCGUUUCCCAAGGACAACCGCAGCUAAACUUGAAUGUUUUUCAACCUUUACGCGAUAUCAACGGCUAAACUUUUCAAAAGGAGGUUUCUAAACACAGCUGUUGUUUGUCACUAUAGAUGUGCGUUUCCUGAUUCAUCUUAUUAUCGCAAACUCGUACAUCGACCUACCGCUCCUUUAGCUGGCUUUCAUUUUGUUGCUGUUGAACUCUGCCCUUCAUUAUGAACCACGUUUCAUUAUAGGUGCAUGCUUGGCCAUGUUGUUCCACCUGUUCAUACUCCUUCAACUCCUGUCAUGUGGAGAUCUGGCCUGUAUGAGGAGGCUACUGUCCAACAAUGAAGACAAGGAAGUGUUUGUAGAUGAAGGAAACGCAAACUCGUUCCUAGGUCGCCAUCUGCUGUUCAACCGGUUUGACUUUGAGAUUUUCGUUCCUGGAGAUCUGGAAAGGGAGUGUAAGGAAGAAGUCUGCAAUUAUGAAGAAGCAAGGGAGAUCUUUGAAAACAUCCCAGAUACAGAUGCAUUUUGGAAGCAAUACACUGAAGAUAAGAACAAGCAUCCUUCACGGGUGGAUGUUACAUCUCUUUUGGUCGGACUGAUUGCUGGUGGAGUGGCUCUUGUUAUCAUUUGCCUCCUGGUCUGGUAUUUCUGUCAUGGCAAAUGCAAGAACAACUUCAGCCGUGCAAACUCCAUUCGGGUGCGAUCCAGGAGGAGUAAUGCUUCUCUAAUAAUACGACGGCUUGAGGAGGUUUCUUUGCAACCAGUCCACCCACAUAUACCCCCACCCCCUAUGGAUGAAAUAGACCCCCCGGGAUUGCCUUCCUAUGAGCAGGCAAUUGCAAAAAGUGGACCACAUGACGCCCCACCUCCUCCAUAUCCCGGCUCACGACCUGGAAGUAUUCGGCGGUAGUAUCUUCAGGACAACAUCUCCCAAAUGUCUAUCAACAUUAAACACACAAUUUACAAAUAACUUUUAUACAGUGAUUCUCUGCUUGGCAGUUUAGAAUGUUUAUCAUCAACAUAUUGAAAACACCUCCUUCUGUUUAUUCCUCUGAUUAUUUUUGUUAUUCAUAGAUUUCUAAUCUUUCUGGUUUGAUGGCUUAAUUUUUUCUCAUCAGUUAAAUCCCCCUUUGUUAACAUCCUUGUGCCAAAGCGUAGUUUUGAGGUAACGUCUACAAACUAUAUUCCCAAGUCUGAUUAUUGUUUGUAAUAUAACACCUGUCCGCUGUUUUUUAUUUAAAUGUAAAUGAAGAAUCAAUAAUGUAUUAGACAAGAGCGAUUUCAGUUGCUGGAGUACUAAGGCCCUUAAGGAGCAGUUUCUUUAGACACAGCAUGCACAGAAGGCCCGAGAGCAGGAUUAGAAAUCUUCUUAAUUACAAGAUAAGUAUUAAUUGCAGUUAAAGAGAGACGGACUGAUUUGUUUAAUCCAUUAGCUUCCUGUCUCCUAAAGAAGGAAGACAAAUAAUUACAGCAACACUGAUUUCAAUGGCACCAUGGUAUGACUUAUCAUUCUGCCAUACAGAAAAGGCUUUUAAGGAUAGUACGGUAGUAAGUAGUAAUAAUUGUUUUAUUUUGAAAGUGAUUUUGUUGUUGGUUUAUUCGUUUGUAUUGUGUCAGGAAUUUAUGUAUUUGUCAUCAACUAAUGAGGAUGUUCUUCUGAUAUGUGAAGUCAUGUUUACUUUAAAUAUAUAUAUAUUGUGGUCGAUUAUACCAUGUAAAAUAAAUUGGUGGGAAGAAAUGUUUACAAUAUUUAAUAUUUACGCAUUAUACAUUUCUGCAAGAAGAUAAUAGCUUUUAUUAUAUGAAAUAUAAAACAUGUCAACAGUUGGGAUGUAGCCCAACAGUUUGUCCUACAUCUCACUUCAAUGAUAUUUUUGAAGGAGCAAUUUGACAUGCCUGGUGGAUGCUGCUGCUGUUUUCUCAUCAGAUGAUGGAGAAAAGCAAGGUUUUAGAAGAUAUAAUGUCCUUGUUAAUUGUCAAAGUUGAAUCAUGACCUUGUGGGAAGUUAUUGAGGAGUAAUUUUGUUGAAGCUUCUUUUAUAGGAUUUUAUAAAUAAA